GUGAAAUAAAGUCGUGUGCACAUAAUAAUAAUAAUAAUAAUAAAAACAUCCAUCAGCUGUCCGUUUUGUACUAUAAAAUUCAAUACUAUCAAAGGUAAACACAACGGUUUAUCAACAGCGUUACAUAAUAUAAUAUUAUCAUUUAUCAUUAUUUUUAUUAUUGUAAUAAAAGUGCAGUAUAGGCGACGACCGGGUAGGCGCGCUUGUCGAUUGAUCCGAACCGAUAACGUUAUUAUAGCAAGAAUUGUGAUUUUCCAUCGUCUGAAAAAAAAAGCCAACUCAAAUUAAUUAUAGAAAUCAUUCGACACAUUUCGAGCGGACGUUCUUCGGUCAGUAGCUGCACAGGUAUAAGACUUAGGAAAAAAAACAGAAACCGAAAAUACACAAACUUUGUCGAAUACUACACAUUUUUUUACCGAAUCCAAGAUCAACACGUCAAAAGUAGCACAAUGUUAAGCUCUAUCUGUAAAGUAACAACAGCACUAAGCAGUCGGUGUAUGGUAAGAACUCUAUCUAGAGGAAUGUCACAGAAACGCUCGUGUAUGGAAGACUAUUUCAAGGGCAAGCGCAUCGUAGUCACUGGGGCCAGUGCCGGAAUGGGCAAAGUGAUUGCUAAUAGGCUGGUGGAAUUAGAGUCGCACGUUUUCGCUGUUGGAAGAGAUCCCGAAAAUUUACCUACAGCCGGUCCUAACGUCACUCAUCUUGUCGUUGAUGUCGGAGACUGGGACUCGGCUUACAAGAUUGUGUCGGGAAUCGGGCCUGUACACGGGUUGGUGAAUAACGCUGGUGUGGCGCACAUCGAGUCAUUCUUGGACAUGACACAACACGGCUGGGACGACACGCUCAACGUAAACGCUAGAGGAAUGAUCCGAAUAAGCCAGGCAGUGGUAAAAAACAUGGUUGCUGGAGGCAUCAAAGGAUCCAUCGUGAACAUAUCGUCCACUAUCUCGGAAAGGGCAAUUCCAGAUCACGUUUCAUACUGUUCGUCCAAAGGCGCCGUUAAUCAAAUAACGAGAACUAUGGCUAUCGAGCUGGGACCGAAGGGCAUAAGAACCAAUAACGUCAACCCUACGGUGGUGCUUACCAAAAUGGGAAUGAAAGCUUGGUCCGACCCAAAAAAAUCUGAACCCAUUAUGAGCAGAAUACCGAUGGGUAGAUUUGCCGAGCCCGAUGACAUAGCUGACGCAGUGAUAUUUUUGUUAAGCGACUACGCGAAAAUGGUAAACGGCCUCAAUCUGUACGUCGACGGUGGUUAUAUGACUGGAUGAGUUCUUCAAUUAUUGAUCUCAAUUAGAUUCAUAUUAAAUCAUUAAAAAUAGGUACUGCAAAAUAUAAUUAUAUUAUUACAUUAUAACAUAAUGUUUAACAGCUAUAACAAUGCAAAAAUAAAUGUUUGUAUUUUUUA